CCAAAAAGCAUCUUGCAUAUUCUAAUCCUGUUCAGAAAAAAGGAGGAAGAAUAGCAUCAGAACUAAGUAAAGAUGAAAUUUAUGAGAUUUGUGGUAAAUUUACUGAUUUUCCUAGUCAGGGUUAUAGUAUUAGAUGUGAUGCAGACUAUGAAUUGUGA